AUGGUUAAGGCCGAGCAGAAGUCAUUUGGACGCAGAGAGGAUGAAUGGAAGACAGAAGCUCCUGUGCUAUCCUAUCAGGCCAUGUGGGAGAACGAGAUUCAAGUCUAUGAGCUGCAGAAAGGCGAUUCUGGCCUGGGAUUCAGUAUACUAGACUACCAGGACCUCAUGAACCCAGGGCGUACUGUGAUAGUGAUCCACUCUCUUGUAGCAGGCGGCUUGGCAGAGAGAGAUGGCCGCUUGUUGCCAGGUGACCGGUUGAUGUUCGUGAACGGGACUGACUUGAGCCACGCGAGUCUGGCUCAGGCCAUUCAUGUCCUGAAGAGCACUGCUUUGGGCGCCGUACGAAUCGGAGUCACCAAACCCUUACCGGAAAAUGACACUCAGGACACAGGAGCUGAUGUAAAAGGCAACUGCCACUCAGAACAUAACCAGCACGGCACUUUGCAGACAAAUUCCCACUCUCAGAACAGCAAGAUGGAGGCUGAUGCUAAACAUGUCACCAUCCCCUCAAGUGGCUAUGAGAGAACCAUAACUAUAGUCAGGGGAAACUCCAGUCUGGGAAUGACAGUGAGUGCUUUAAGGGAUGGUUCAGGCAUGAUAAUCCGCUCUGUGGUUCAUGGCGGCUCGAUCAGUAAAGACGGGAGACUGGCAGUGGGCGAUGGAAUUGUUGCCAUCAAUGGAGAAUCCACCACCGACCUGACCAAUGCACAAGCCAGAGCGAUGCUACGCAGACAUUCACUGAUCGGACCUGAUCUCAGUGUGACUUAUGUGCCUGCUGCCUUCCUGGACAUGCACAGGGCCAGCUAUGCCCAAUCAAAAGAGGAAAUAGAAUUACACAGAACAGCUACUGUCCAACCCAAGCACUCACAAAAGCUGCCUUUUACACCCCUAGAAUGCAUUUCUGAACAACAAAGUACAGUGGAUGGUAAAGGAGUGAAUGGAAAGACCCAAACUGAAGAAGAGAAUGAAGGAAUAGAUAACCACGCUCAAAUUAAACAAAGAGAAAGCAAUGAAAGACUGGAAAGAGACAAAACGGUGAUGAAUGAAAGACCGGUCUUGCAGAGUGAGAACGGGCAAAGACGAGGGAGAGAAAAAGACAGACGAAAAGAUGAAGAAGAGACGCAUGGGAAGGAUGGUAGUCAGCCUAGAAGAGUAACAUUAUUCAGGGCUGGGGGCACGUGUCUUGGCUUCAGUGUGGUGGGGGGUCGUGGUAUGGGCAGUCGACUGAGCAAUGGAGAAAUGAGACGAGGCAUCUUCGUAAAACACAUCGCAGAGGACAGUCCAGCUGCACACAACAGCACUUUGAAAGAAGGAGACCAAAUUCUUCAGGUUCAAGGUGUAGAUGUGAGUGAUUUUACUCAUGAAGAAGCCGUGGAGGCGAUCCGUAGAGCAGGAGACAAAGUAGAACUACUAGUACAGAGUCCUCAGUUUUCAGCUCCUGACAACUGCUCUGAAGAUGAAAAUGUGUCCAAAUCAAAUUCUCCAAAUCAUCAGCGUACAGAAGACUGGAAGUUGGGGAAGCCUCCACAUUUAGCUCCCCCCUUCCUGAAACUGCCCUCUAGGCAAGUCGACACAGAAACAGAUGGAGUGCAGAGGGUUCCAGAGAGACCACCCCUGCCAGAAGAGGCUGCACAUCAUCACAGCGAGCAGCAGCAGGCCUCUUACUGGAGCCGCAUGCAGCAGAGGUAUGGCAGUCUGCCUGGAGAGCUGCACAUGUUUGAUCUGGACUGUGGCUCACACAGCUCUGGACUGGGAUUGUGUUUGUCAGGAAACAGAGAUGGAGCUCGUGGUAGAAUGAGUGUGUAUGUGUCAGAGCUCAAACCAGACGGGGCCGCUGUGGCAGAUGGUCGGGUCAGAGUGGGAGAUGAACUACUGGAGAUAAAUGGACAAGUGCUGUAUGGACGCAGCCACCAGAAUGCAACAGCAAUCAUCAACAAUGCUCCAGCUAAAGUCAGGAUUCUGCUCACAAGGAAUAAAGCUGCACAGAAACAAAUGACUACAGGACCAGUAAAGGAGGCAAUGGACACACACACACACAAACAAAUAAACUAA